CUCUUGGCUUCCGAAACUAGUUUGCAGUCUCUGCAACUGCGAAGUUCGAACAGAGAAACCAGAGAGACAGACCUUCAAGAAAUACCAUUAAUGGCAGCACUAUCUCCAUUCUCCCUCAUUCUGUUCUCUCUCUUCUACACCUCUGUUCUUGCGAUUCCGCCCGAAACAGUUCAGGAUGCCGUCGAAAUCCUUGCAGACUCAAGUUUCCUGGCCAUGUCAGUAACCUUUGAACUCGUCGCACAAACCCUAAUCCCCAAUUCAUCCUAUGGGACGAUCUUCUCUCCUCCUGACGCUGCCUUCGUUCAAUUGGGACAGCCUUCAAUCGAUCUCCUCCAAUACCACAUAUCACCAUUGACAUUCUCAGUUGAUAGCCUCAGAACCCUACCAUACGGUACCAAGAUCCCUACCUUGUACCAGAACCACUCGUUAACCGUCACUACAUCGGCUUCUGGUCAGCAGAUUUCAUUGAACAAUGUCAAGAUAAACGAAUCGACCAUCUUUGAUGAUGGAUCUUUGGUUAUAUUUGGAAUCGACAAGUUCUUUGAUCCUUCUUUCAAGCUAUCUUCACAUUUGCCUCCGGUCGGAGCUCCUAGCUCUGACCUCGAUUGUACGGUUCGCCACUUGCAUGAUCCUGCAUUGGAUCCCGGCACUUUUGCCGCGGCUUCUAGUAUCAUCAGAGACAAAAAUUGCUCUGUGAUGGCUUCUUUCCUUGAACUGCAACUGCCGCUAUCUAGUGACCAGAAGAAGCUGACAAUCUUCGCGCCGGUUGAUCAAGCGAUGGAAGACUACAAUCGACUUUCUGGUGAAUAUUCAACAGUCUUUCAUCGCCAUGUUCUUCCUUGCAAGCUUACGUGGUCGGAUCUGGUUAUGUUGGAUGAUGGAACCAUACUGGACACACUGUUGAGGGGGUUUACAAUUAAUGUCACAAGAUCUGGAGAUACAGUUGUGCUAAACGGAGUUUCCGUCGUCUUUCCGGAGUUGUAUUCCCGGGAUUGGCUUGUUGUCCACGGCAUCCCUCAGAUCCUUACGCAAGAACCAGCCAGAGAUUCUUAUGCUGAAUUUAAUGGCUAUUCCAACGGAAAUGUGCCUGAUUCCACUGAAUUCUGAUAUUUUGCCAUUGCAUAUCACCAUGUCAGCGUUCGUAAGUUCUUCACGGUUGCCUCACUUUUUUUCUCCCCAUUUUCCUGCCUUUCCUGCUGGGGAUGAGACUAUUCCCUGCUUCGUCUUGAUGGUGACCUUCAGAAACAUGAAUUCGGUUUCACUGGAACAGCUUCAGGUAGUGGACCUCAAGACGUCCAUUAAUCUUCUCUUGUUUCACCAUUUACUGAAACUAGAAAAUUGUUCUGUAGAUAUAUGCUGCUUUAUUUCAUCCAAAUUUCUCUCCCUUUCCA